AUGGAUGCAGGGACCCAGUCUUGUCCUCCUCCAGAGCUGCCCCAGCUCGUCGCCGAGCAGCAUGUCCCGGUUGCGCCUGGCGAUAAAGAUACAAGACGUUUGAUCGUCGUCUUAUCGAAUGCCAGUCUCGAAACAUAUCGAUCUUCACAUGGCGGCCGCAACGGUCGCGAGGAAAAAUACUCGCUUCUCAACAGUGAUGAGCAUAUUGGUGUGAUGCGCAAGAUGAAUCGAGAUAUUAGCGAUGCUCGUCCUGAUAUCACUCAUCAGUGUCUGCUUACCCUCCUCGAUUCACCCAUCAACAAAGCCGGCCUGCUCCAAAUCUACAUCCACACCGCCAAAGGCGUUCUCAUCGAAGUCAGCCCGACUGUGCGAAUUCCUCGUACAUUUAAACGAUUCGCCGGUUUGAUGGUACAGCUGCUACAUCGACUGUCCAUUCGCUCCACCAACUCACAAGAGAAACUACUCAAAGUCAUUAAGAACCCUAUCACGGACCAUCUACCGCCCAACUGCCGCAAGGUCACUCUGAGUUUCGAAGCGCCCGUCGUCCGAGUCAACGAAUAUAUCAGCUCCCUUGGCCCUAAGGAGAGCAUUUGCGUCUUUGUCGGAGCCAUGGCCAAGGGUCGCGAUGACUUUGCCGAUGAAUUUAAGGAUGAAGCGAUUGCUAUUAGCAAUUACAGUCUCAGUGCCAGUGUCGCUUGCAGCAAGUUCUGCCACGCCGCUGAAGAUGUCUGGGAUAUUAUCUAG